AUGGAAUCUUUAGUUCUUUGGGAUGGAAGGUAUAUUGGCAGGCUCAAGAAAGUUCCAAAAACUAUGCUUAUAAUUGAUAGAUAUGGUACGAUAUCCGAGAAGGAAAAGAAGGGCAUAAAGGACUCUGUAAUGGAAGUAGAUAUAGAUUUUGAAGAAAAAACAACACAUUACUCUCUUGUGAUACUCUGUAACACAGCCUUGAGAUUCAAUCUAAUUAAUCCAUUGACCUUAGCUGAGUGUGAGAUUUGGUUUACUAGAAGGGUUUUUUCAUCAAGGGUAUUUGCAGAUGCCCUUACCCACUACUCUGAGUGUGAAAUAAGAAAUGGGGUAUAA